GCUCUCAAAAAUAUGUCCACCUGUUCAACAUUUGAAUUUUGGAAUCUAUUGCCUGAGGAAAUGAAGUUGGAGUGCAUCAAGAAUAUGUCAUUGAUAACUCGAUGCCUCUUGCGAAGUACAAGUCAGACUGAACGACGGCUUGUAAAUUCACAAAAAAUACAUCUGCACUGUGUAUUAGCAGACGACAGACACAUUCACGAUCUGUUUGUCGCCUAUACAGUUCAUUCCACUGAUGAGAGAGGGAUAGGCACAGGAUUUGAAAGCGUUCCAAAUGGAAUUGCAAUGCUUUCUUCCAUUCUCCAAAUCUCAAUAGUGCGACUAUUUGUGACACAAACUGACCAAAACAAGAAUGCGAUUGCCAGUUUAAUUGCUGGACCAUCGACAAAAUAUCACAUAACCAGAUUCCGAGGUUUUAUAACUUCAGAAAAUGUAUCAUUUUUUGAAAAAUGCGCCGAUGAUUGCUUUGAAGACAUUCGAAUUGUUUCUGACGGUGGUACUACUUUCCCGGUAGCUCUGUUCUUACAAUAUCCUUCACUCAAAAAGGUGAGAAAAUGGUCACUCAGUUUGAGACUUUUUCCGGAUUUGGGACAAGCGGUGUGUCGAAGAUGGAUCAACACGGAUGCCGAAGUUGAUUCUACAAUGACGUUCAAAACUGAAGGAUACGAAACACUAGAUAGUUUUGUCGCGGAAUUACAGGAUUUUGUAAUAGUCGAACAUACCAACACAGUCGUACGGAUCCAGAUGGAAAAUCCCGAAAAACACGUUGUUCUAACAGCCAAGUGGUAUCCUCGUAAUCUUGCUGGAACUCUCUUUGGAUACGGCACUCUUAAGAUUGUUCCGGCAGAUUUAGCAGUUUAACAUUUUUAACAAUUUGAUUUAAUUUUUUUGCCAUUCGUUAUCUCUGAGCUUCCAAUUUCACCCAUUUCUUCUUUUUUGUUGAUAAUUUUCAGUUUAAUAAAAGUUGAUAAACGGUUA